AAAAUUUUUUAAGACGUCUUUUUGUAUUUCCCCCCCUCCCCCCACUCCGUCGAAAUCCAUUGGGAAUUUAGAAAACCCGACGCCGUAAAUGGAUGGCGCCUUAAGAAGGGUUUUGCAAUCGACGGAACACAAAACUAAAAAUAUUUAUAUUUAAAUAAAACAAAUUUCUAGGGACUCAAAUUCAUAAGUUAAAAUGAAAAUAAUUUUGUACGUAUUCUUAUUAUUAUUCUCGUUAGAAACGGUAAUCAAAGCCUCUUCUCUCGAUCAAACUGAUAAAAAUUGUGCAUCUGGCCCAACUUACUGGUGUAAAAGCUUGGAAACUUCACGGAGUUGCAAUGCAACUUCACAUUGUAUACAAACUGUUUGGCAACAUUUGUCAUUGCCAGAUGAUGAAAGCUCAAUUUGUCAAAUUUGUUUGGACAUGGUAAAACAAGCAAGAGAUCAACUUAGAAGCAAUCAAACUCAAGAUGAUUUACGUGCUGUUUUCGAAGGAUCAUGCGAGCUAAUGCAUGUGAUGGUAACUGAGUGUAAAAAACUAGUGGACUCCUUCGUGCCGGAACUCAUUGAAGCUUUGUCAUCUCAAAUGAAUCCCCAAGUGGUAUGUAGUGUGGCUGGACUAUGUAACAAUGAUAAAUAUGAUGAUAGCUCUGCUGAAAAACGAAGUACAUCAUUAAAUUGUGAGAGUUGUGGAAAAUUAACAUUGUAUAUGACGAAAAAUUUCGAAAAAUCAAGUAAAGACAUGGUUCUAGAAAAUAUUCUUGAGUUAUGUGGAAAAAUGUCGUCAUUUUCUGAUGCUUGUGCAAGUAUUGUUUUAACACAUCAUAAUGAUCUUUAUCUCUAUUUUGAGGAAAACUUUGAUGCAGCAGCUGUAUGCCAUUUGAGCGGUGUCUGUGAUGGUAAAUUCCAUGAACACAAACAAAAAGAAGAUGUAAUUGAUAUAUCCGACAUAGGAUUUAUCAAUUUUAGUGAUCCCGAUAUUCCAUGCGAGUUAUGUGAACAGUUAGUAAAUCAUUUGCGAGACUUGUUGAUAGCGAAUACAACGGAGACUGAAUUUGAACAAGUUUUACAGGGUCUUUGUGGUCAAACGAAAUCAUUUAAACAAGAAUGUUUGAUUAUUGUAUCGCAAUAUUAUACAGAAAUCUAUGAGUUUUUGACAAAAAGUCUUAAUCCAAGAGAUGUUUGUUUUUUCGUAGGCGUUUGUCCUAAGUCUAUCAAAUUAGAUGACAAAAAAUAUGGCAUGGCUCCUAUAGUUCCCAUUAACACACAAAUUCCUAAAUUUAAAAGUUACACUAAAAAGCAUUUUCUCAAAACAACUGAGCCGAAUUUAAAUGAUGGUGAGAUACAAAACAGCCAACUUCCAAUUGAUCGCUUAAUGAGACCAUCAAACACUAAAAAUUUAGUGGAGGGCGGUGCAUGGUGCACAAUGUGCGAAUAUUUUUUACACUUUGUUCAAGAAGAAUUAAGUGAUACAAAAAAUGAAGAAAAAAUUAAAAAAACCGUUAUGAAUACUUGUAAUAAAAUGCCUAAAUCAAUAGCACCAGAAUGCCGAAAUUUUGUUGAUCUCUAUGCCGAUGCACUGAUUGCACUUCUAAUUCAAGAAGUAGACCCUUCUGCAAUCUGUCCUCAACUUAAAAUAUGUCCACAAAAUCUUCAAGCUAAUAUAGAAUUUCUUAUGCCAAAGUUUUUGAGUGUAGAUAUCAAUUCGGAAGCAUCAGAAAAAGCUUCGUGUCCCCUUUGUUUAUUAGCUGUUGAACAAGCUCAACAGUUAAUUCAAACAAAUAAAACGAUUCAGAGAAUUGAAGAAACACUUGAACAUUUAUGUAACCAUUUAAGAAAUAAACUUCGAAUGGAAUGUAAUGAUUUUGUGGAGACGUAUUCUAAAGAAUUGGUUAAUAUGCUGAUGAAAGAUUUUACACCACAGGAAAUUUGUGUUUACUUGAAGCUCUGUGUAGACAAGGAAAUAACUAUAAAUAAUUUUGGAUUUUCUGAAGGUACUAAUGCAGAGCAACCAUCGAACGAAAUAUAUGAAAAAAUUAUCAAUGGUAUAAUGGUUGAAAAAACCAUAAACAUUCCAUUAAAUAGCACACCGCAAUGUUUAUUAUGUCAAGAAAUUGUGAAAGAUGUAGAGAAAAAUGUUAUUGAUAAGAAUUCAACAUAUGAAAUUAAAAAAGCAUUAAAAGAAGCCUGUACGAAAAUCCCCAAAAAAGCUCGUUCCAAAUGCGAAGAGUAUGUUGAAAAACAUGGAAAUCAAAUAGCAGAACUAAUAAUGAAAGAAUUGUCUCCUAAAGAAAUUUGUCGUGAUGUACAAUUAUGUUCCCAAUUAAGAGAUAUCAAUUCAAAAGAUUUAGGGAAAUCUGAUGCCACCGUAAGGGUAAAAGUUUUCUCUGAUUCUCCUUAUUCAACGAAAGAUAAACAAAGUUCGCAAACUUGCAUUAUAUGUGAAAUUUUAGUGGCAAGAAUAGAUAAGAAUUUAAAGAAACCAACCACUCAAGAAGAGGUAAAAAAGUAUCUGAAUAAUGUUUGUAACGUAUUGCCCAUAAACAAAAAGGAGUGCUUAGAGUUCGUCAACAAUUAUUUGACUCUUUUAAUGCAAGCGUUGGAAAGUAUUCCUCCAAAGAAAAUUUGUAAGGAAAUCAAAGUUUGCCCAGUCACAGAAGCUACAGAAGAAAUUAUGGAAUGUGCUCUUUGUGAAGGCGCAAUAGGAUCUUUCACUAGUUUGGUCAAAAUUGAAAAGCAAGAUAAUAAAGAUUUGAUGAUUGUGUUGAAAAAAUCCUGUCAACAUCUACCUGCACGAUUUUAUGAAAAUUGUCAAAAAUUGUUAAAAGUCUAUGGAAUUAGCAUUAUAGAGCAAUUAAGACAAAAUCCAGAGUCUCACAAUAUUUGUAUUGAAAUUGGUAAGUGCUAUAGAUACCAGACAGCGGGAUUUGUGAACAUGAAUAGCUUUUCAGAAAAAGAAACUCUUGUUGGAGAACAUGAAUGUACGUGGGGUCCAUCUCAUUGGUGCAAAGAUGAGCGAACUGCAAAGAAAUGUAAUUCUUUUGAUUUUUGUAAACGUAAUCAAAUAGGUUUUGGAAAAGCCUGAGAUGAGAAAGAGAUUAACGGUGUAUAUGAUUUGAAAUAUUAAAUUGAUGAAUAAAUCUUUAUUUUAAAAUUA